UAAUGAUCAUAUUCUCGUCGCGAAACGACCCUGGCCCGGUCUACAUGCCAAACUGGAGUGGAGGUGCCCACUGCCAGCUCGAACCUUAACUGCCCCACUCCACAUCGCCAUCUCCCGAAACAUCCAUACACUCUCCACCUGUCAGCACUCUUAAGCCCCAUCGAGCAAUCAGAACCCUAUCCUCAACAGUCUCCACACCCAGCACACACCGGCCCUCCUCCUGUCGACCAUGCAACAGUCUUGAACUCCCAGACCCUCCACAAUCACCAUCAUCCACACUCCACACAACCAAAUCCACAACCCACCACAAACAACCAUGCCCUACGGCCGCGGCGGCGCAGGCAACUUCCAACAAGCCAAAGAAGACAAAAAGAAAGCCGCUGUAGACACCGAAUCCCAAUCCCAACCCCACCAGUCUCCCUCCUCUCCAUCAUCCUCCACCUCCACCUCCACACCCCAAUACGCCCACUCCGGCCGCGGCGGCGCCGGGAACUGGUUCUCGCCCGCAGAGCUGGAGAGGAACGGCACCUUCACAUCCACAUCCACAUUUACAUCUACAACCCCAUUCGCAUCCGCAUCCACAUCCACUGCGCCCUCUUCCUCCUCCUCCUCCUCAUCCAAUCCCUCACACUCACACCUCGCAAGCGCCGAAUCCACCCUCCCAUCUGCAAGCAUGGCCGCCGCCGCACUAUCCGGCAUUACAUCAGCCCAAACACGCCACAACGAUGCAGAAAGAAGACGUGACGAUGCUGUAGUAGUGCCAAGGGGGAAAAUGGGCCGUGGCGGGGCAGGGAAUAUGGUUUGGGCGAGUGAGAGUGCGGAGGAGAGGGUGUGGAGAGAAAGGGAGGAGAGGGCGAGGGAAGAGGAGGUUAGUAGGAGGGUGCUUGUAGAUGUGGAGAUGGGGUUGGCGAGGCCUGGGGGUGUGUGGACGGGCGUAGGGAAGGUGAGGGAAAAGGGGGAGGUGGAGUGGUGAUUGGGUGGAGCUGCUUUGGAGUUGGGAGGACGAUGAGGGUGUUUUAGGUUGUGUUAUUCUUCGAGGGGUGUGUUUUUUGGUUGUCGAUGUCCCCGUGGGACUUAUGCGACACAUAUCCAGAUAUCACUUGACCAAUUGGAACGAGUUGGCAGUGAAGUUUUGGUU